UACAAUUAAAGAAAUUUUGGGUUUUAAAUAAGAGACUUGUUGAUCGCAUGUUGAGGCAAGGCAAUCAUUUUCCCAAGCACUGCUUAUUAAUUACAAACCACCUUCUCAUCUCUUGCUCUUCAACUUAGCACUAGACAGAAUCUAGCUUCAAACCUAAUUAAGGUACUUAAUUGGAUCAGCUAGCAUGGAAUAUGGUUCAUUACUAGUGCAGCAGCAGCAGCAGCAGGAUUGUAAUUCUGCCUAUGGGAGCUUGUCUAAUUUAUCAUCAGACUGUGGAUCAGUGACAACAGCAGAAGCAGAUCAUCACAUCAUUGAGGAGCUGUUAGUACAAGGUUGCUGGGUGGAAGUUAGUGGUGUUGGUGUUAGGGAGGGUGAGCUCCAGCUCCAACAAGACGAAUCAAGUUUUGUGGUGGGGAAGAGAUGGUGGAUUGGACCAGCUGCAGCAGUAGCAGGAUCAUGUAAUUCCUCUGUCAAAGAGAGACUAGUGAUUGCUGUUGGGUACUUGAAAGACUACACAAGAAACUCCAACGUGCUCAUUCAGAUAUGGGUGCCCUUACGAAGAGGCAUCCUUCAUGAUCAUGAUUACCACACAAAUUAUUUACUUUCCAAUAAUCCUCCUCCUCAACCAGAAGCAGCAGCAGAUCAUGAAUCUGUUUCACUUGGUUUUCCCAUGCCAGCAGCUCCCAACUCAAACUUAUACUCAAACGUGCACGUCCGUUUUUUUAGAAGCCACGAGUACCCGCGCGUUCAGGCUCAGCAGUAUGGAUCUUUAGCCCUUCCUGUCUUCGAAAGAGGCACCGGGACAUGCCUUGGUGUCCUUGAGAUUGUAAUCACCAACCAAACCACCAUCAACUACAAUGUCUCCAAUGCUCUUGAUCAGGCUGUUGAUUUUAGAAGCAGCCAGAGCUUCAUUCCACCUGCCAUCAAGGUAUAUGACGAGUUGUACCAAGCAGCAGUGAAUGAGAUCAUAGAGGUGAUGACUUCUGUUUGCAAGACACACAAUUUGCCAUUAGCACUCACUUGGGCUCCUUGCAUCCAACAAGGCAAGUGUGGUUGUGGGGUUUCAUCUGAGAAUUACAUGUGGUGCGUCUCCACCGUGGAUUCUGCGUGCUUUGUUGGGGAUCUAGACAUAUUGGGAUUCCAAGAAGCGUGCUCUGAGUAUCACCUUUUCCGGGGACAAGGAAUUGUUGGUACAGCCUUCACAACAUCCAAACCGUGUUUCGCCAUUGACAUCACAGCCUUCAGCAAAGCUGAAUACCCUCUUGCUCACCAUGCAAACAUGUUCGGAUUGCAUGCAGCUGUGGCCAUUCCACUCAGGAGUGUCUACACCGGUUCAGCUGCUGAUUUUGUUUUGGAGUUUUUCCUUCCAAAAGAUUGCCAUGACAGUGAAGAGCAGAAGCAGUUGCUCAACUCAUUGUCCAUGGUGGUACAGCAAGCUUGCCGCAGCUUGCAUGUGGUACUGGUGGAGGAUGAAUACACCUUGCCGAUGCCAUCACACACUAGUAAAGAGGAAUUAGAAGAAGAAGAGAUUACCAUUACCAAUAAUCAUGAGCAGAAAUUAUUUGUGUCUCCCUCCUCUCAUGAAUCAGAAUGUUCAAAAGAAUCAUCAUGGAUUGCACACAUGAUGGAGGCUCAGCAGAAGGGGAAAGGUGUGUCUGUGUCUUUGGAGUACUUGGAAGAACCAAAGGAGGAGUUCAAAGUAACAACAAACUGGGACAGCAGCACUGACCAUGAUCAGCAGGCGCAGGUGUUUUCAUCAGAUUUUGGGCAAAUGAGUUCAGGAUUCAAAGCAAGUACUGUGGAGGGUGGGGAUCAAGAGUCUUCUUAUACCUUUGGAAGCCGCCGCUCGUCUUCUGGUGGAAGAAAGUCAGGCGAGAAGAGACGAACCAAGGCAGAGAAGACUAUCAGCUUGCAAGUUCUAAGACAGUACUUUGCAGGAAGCCUAAAAGAUGCAGCAAAGAGCAUUGGUGUAUGUCCCACAACUCUGAAAAGGAUAUGCAGACAGCAUGGCAUCACCAGGUGGCCUUCAAGGAAAAUCAAGAAGGUUGGCCAUUCUUUAAAAAAGCUUCAGCUGGUGAUUGAUUCAGUGCAGGGUGCUGAGGGUGCCAUACAGAUUGGCUCAUUCUAUGCCAGUUUUCCAGAGUUGAGCUCUUCAGAUUUCUCUGCCAGUUGCCGUUCUGAUUCAUCCAAGAAAAUGCAUAAUUAUCCUGAUCAGAACAACACCUUGUAUGGCCAUGGAGAUCAUGGAGGAGUUGUUACUAGUUUAAAAUCUCCACCCUCUGCUUGCAGCCAAACUUUUGCAGGAAACCAACCAUGCACCAUCAUCAACAAUGGAGAUGUUCUUAUGACAGAAAGUCCUCCAGUCCCUGAAGCAUUGCUGAGUAGGAGAGAUCACUGUGAGGAAGCAGAAUUAUUGAACAAUGCAUCUAUCCAAGAGGAUACAAAGCGUUUCAGCAGACCCAAGAGCCAAACCCUACCUCCCUUGUCUGACAGCAGUGGCUGGAACUCACUGGAAACAGGUGCUUUCAGAGUGAAAGCAACUUUUGCAGAUGAGAAGAUCCGCUUCAGCUUGCAACCCAUUUGGGGGUUCAGUGAUUUGCAGCUAGAGAUAGCAAGACGGUUCAAUCUAAAUGAUGUGACCAACAUCCUUCUCAAGUAUCUGGAUGAUGAUGGAGAGUGGGUAGUUUUAGCAUGUGAUGGUGAUCUUGAGGAGUGCAAAGACAUACACAGAUCAUCUCAGAGCCGGACAAUUAGACUCUCCCUUUUUCAAGCUUCGCCUCUAAAUCUAGCUAAUACAUUCCGCAAUAGCAGCCCAUCUUAACAUAACACCAAUUCUCUGCUUUUCUUGAGCUUUAAGCCUCAAGAGAGAGGUGUGUUUGUUUGUGUAUACUGUGUAGGAUCCCAAUCCCAAUCCCAUCCCAAGCAAACAUAUACAUUUAAUUACUGGUUUUACUUGUUUGAGUUGGCGGCUUUGUCCAAUUACCUCAUGUUCACAACUUUCACAAGUGAGAACCGUUUUAUAUUUUC